GUCAGUGAUUUUACAAGGCGGAAAGAGAUCAGGUAUGGGAGCCUUUGGAACAUCGGAGGCCACAAAUGAACCUCCCGAGGACGUUCUGCUGAAACACACUUGCUUGCCUUGAAGAUCAUCCUUAUUAAUUUCAGGUCUUGGUGGAUUCCAUUUUACUUGAUCUGCAUUAAAAAAUUCCUCAGUGCAAGGUUUAGUGGUUUUCACUUGAUUCCAAGCCUUUUACUCAAGCCAAGGAUGUUAUUAUAGAUGACUUACCAUUCUCGAUCCAGCCAGCCAGCUCCAAGUUGUGGUCCAGAUCAUAUCAUAUACAAAUGUGAGACUACCAUCCAGAAGACCAAGACUCAAUCAACGUACCGUCAUGCUUCCAGACUUAUCAAGGACUAAACACACAAUUCUUUGUCCGAUCUGCAACAAUGAGAAGCAUCUGGGAUAAAAACCUCACUAAAUUCAUAAGUGUCAAGAAAAAAAGAAAAACAAAAGGAACAAGGCACUUACAGAAGGAAUACUUUGUGAAUACAUUAUGGAAGCCUUCUCAGUCUGAACUUCAUUAGAUGAGAGGACUAGCCCAGAGAAGCUAGUUGACUUGCCGAAGGUUAUGAUCCAUCAGUGAGAGAGUAGAUUUCAGCUUAUGUGGAGAACUUGUUGUGGAAGCCACCUAUAAAUCCAUUUACCGAAUUUAUGGAGAAGCCUAUAAAUGAUGGAAGUCAUUCAGAAGAACUCUUUUCCCAUUUUAAAAGUAUACCAGAGAAAGAACAUUUACCACGGCAUGCCAGUGAAAGUCAUCUCAGCUGCCUAAAGCAGGACAUCCUAUUUGAGAAGACCAAAUUGGAAGCAACAUUUAAGGAAGCCGAGUUAGCAACUUGUUCUGUAGAAUUACUUUUGCCAUUAUUUAAGGACACCAUUGAAGAGAUUAGUUUUGAAAAUACUGAUCUUUCUGCAUCCAAUUUGAAGAUUUCUAAACAGAAGGAAAUAUUAAGAAAAGAAUUAGACUCCUUUAAACAUUUAAAACAAACUUUGGAACAUCUUCUUAGAAAGACAGAACACCAACAGAGAGGGGACAGUUUAUCCAACUUGUUAGAGAAGCUAGCUGAUAAUGAAAGUGAAAACACUACUCUUAAGACGAAGGUACUUGAAAAGGAGACCUAUAUCCAAGAACUUUCUUGUUUGUUUCAGAAUGAAAAGGCAAAUGCUUUGAAAGCAAGCCGUUUGUCACAAUCAGUAAAAGUAGUACAUGAACGACUACAGUUCCAAAUUCAUAAAAAGGAAGCAGAGAAUGAUAAAUUAAAAGAACACAUAAAGAUCUUAGAAACCAAAAUAUCAGAAUGGAACUUGCAAUUGAAAAAGAGUACGCAUGAGGCUGUAACGAUGAAAGAAUCAAGUAGGCAAAAAGCUAUAGCUCUAAAAAAGGCAUCUAAAAUUUACAAACAAAGGAUUAAACAUUUUACUGGAGACGUGGAAAACCUUACUUCCCAAAUUAGAGAGCAGGAAGCCAAGUUGUCUGAAACAGUUUCAGCUUCCAACGUCUGGAAAAGUCAUUAUGAGAAAAUUGUAAUAGAAAAAACUGAAUUGGAAGUUCAGAUUGAAACAAUGAAAAAGCAAAUUAUUAAUCUUUUGGAAGACCUGAAGAAAAUGGAAGACCAUGGAAAAAAUUCACGCGAAGAAAUUCUUAGAAAACUUCACUCAAUUGAAUAUGAAAAUGAAACUCUGAAUCUUGAGAAUACAAAAUUAAAGACUACACUAGCUGCUUUGAAGGACGAGAUUGCCUCUGUUGAAAAUGAGCUCUUAGAAUUGCAAGAAGUAGAAAAACAACAGAAAACCCUUAUUGAAGUUUAUAAAACUCAGAUACACAAGUUGCAAGAAGCAGCUGAAAUGGUGGAAAGCAGAUGUGAAAGUUUGCUACAAGAGAAUAACCUAAUAACAAAAAACAAAAAUAAAAAAUUAAAGAAGGUGAGAGGCCAGAUGGAGUCUCAUCUGAAGGAGUUAGAGCACGACCGCGAUUCCUUGACAGCAGCAGAACAGAGGCUUCACGAGUGUCAGGAGAGCCUGCAGCACCACAAGGGGAAAUGUGCAGACCAAGCACACGCCAUUAGGGAGCUUCAGGGCCAGGUUGAUGAAAAUCAUGAUCUUCUGACAAAGCUUUCUCUGGAAGAGGAAAAUUAUCUUAUUCAGUUGAAAUGUGAAAACCUUAAACAAAAAUUAGAACAGAUGGAUGCAGAAAAUAAAGAGCUUGAAAAGAAGCUGGCAAACCAAGAAGGAUGUCUUAAGCAUACCAAUCUUGAGUUUAAAGAGAAAUCUGCAGAAUAUAGAGCAUUGGCCAGACAGCUGGAAGCUGCUGUAGAAGAAGGAAGACAAAAGGUUUCUGAAGAAAUAGAGAAAAUGUCAUCUAGAGAAAGGGCUUUACAAAUUAAAAUAUUAGAUCUGGAAACUGAGCUUAGAAAGAAAAAUGAAGAACAAAAUCAACUUAUUUGCAAAAUGAACAGUAAAGCACAACAUCAGGAAGUAUGUUUGAAAGAAAUACAGCAUAGUCUUGAAAAGUCGGAGAAUCAAAAUGAGAGUAUUAAGAAUUAUUUACAGUUUCUUAAAACUUCUUAUGUAACAAUGUUUGGAUAAAUUGUUGGAUUUAUUUUCUAUAAGCAAUAGGUUUUUACUAUGAGUCUAAAAAGUAAUUAGAUAAAAAUUAAAUAUACUAUCUGUUGCUAUAUUUUAUGAUUUAUGGGUGGUACUAUUAGGGUUUUUAUGUAAAGAUUUUUGAAACAUUUAUUAUCCAGUUGAAACUUUAAAACAAGAUACAUGUUAGUAUUCCUUUUUUGCUGGAUAAUCUUCACUUAGCUCUGGAUUAAUAUCUAUUUAAUUUAUUUUGGUUUUUGGAAUAUUUUACACACAGAAAAGAAGCCAGAAUCAUUCUUUGUAGCAACCAUUCAAGUGAAUUUGUAAUAAACCUAGGCCAAUUAUGAGCCAAAUACAUGAUUUUAAAUAAUGUAUAUAAUUGUUUUACAUUAUGGUGCUGUAUAUUUAUAUAUUAAUAUAAUAAAGGAAAAUAUUCUGGAUACUAUUUUUAAUAAUGAUAUAAUUGCAUACUUUCUAAAGAUACCAAAGGUCUCAGUGUACUUAAUAUUGUUUCAAAUAUGCUGAGAUGCCAUUAUAAUUCCUGUGAGGUUUUAAAUAUAGAAUUUUAAGUCAUGGCUACUAAAUGCCAACUGACGGUAACAGGUGAAAAUAUGUUGGCAUGCAUUGUUUCUUUAUAAAGAAUAGGCAUUUAGGUUCUCCUAUUAAUUCAUAGUCUCUUUUGUUCUUCAUCUUAUGUUAGUGAUUGUCUGAUAUUAUUAGUGUAGACAUUCUGAAACCCCUGAGUUAAGUGAAAGAUUAAAGGAGAAUAACUUGUCCCACCCCUACCCAUGGCCAACUCACAUGGGAUGAUCAAAAUAAACACUCUUAAUCCCAGGAAGCUUUAGAAUAAGGUGUUUGUUAUUGGGAUGAUGUAGAAGAGCUACCAAGAACACGUUCUCUGUAACCUCCUAGCCUAUGUGUCAAGGCAAGAUACUCUAAAAGGGGAUGGAUGUAAUUGACAAGGGAUCAAGUAGUAGUGACUCCUCUCAGAGAAAGGCUUGAGAGCUGUUUAUUCAAAGAACACUCAGGUCUCAAAAGAUUGUUCAAAGAGGCAAGUUGUGUACUACACAGUCCAGCCUCUGAACAGAGCUUAGUCCCCGCAAGGUGUUUUAUCCACUUCUGACCAGAAAUGGGGGCCUGCUUAUCUCUGGUCCCCUCACUCCUAAGACUGCCAUGUCAUCUGCAGGGGCUUACUUCCCUGUGACCCAAAUAGCAAAAUACAGUAAUUUCAGAAACUGGCCACAUUUCUUUCCCAGCAAUUGCCAACAAUAUUAGAGUUGCCUUUUAAUUUUAAAUCAUAGUACUUGUGGUACUAAAACACAUGCUUGACCCUUGUGGUCCUUUCUUCAUCUCCUAAGGCAAAGACAGCCUUAGGAAAUACUCACGUGAAAGAAAACUAAGGUUCUUGAGUAUAUCCCACUAGACUGUGAACUCUUUAAGGGCAGAACUGUAUCUUAUUUAUGAUUCUGUUUCAGCCACCACAUAAUACCUGAUAUGGAUACUCAGUUGAUGUUUGUGAAUAGGUAGAUAGAUGGGUGUUAAGAGAGGGAGGUAUUCAUAUUCCUCCCUUAGAUAUGACAAAAUGUAAGCAUAAAGGGAUUAACUUCUGUGGCUGUGAUAUAAGCAGCAGCAUUACUGUUAUUUAUUGAGUACUAGUCUGUGCCAAAGUUCUGAGUGUAGUACAUGUAUUAAUUCAUUUAAUCUUUAUGUCUGAUGAGAAAGGUGCUAUUAAUUAGGUUUACUCUUCAGGAAACCAAAACACAGAAAAGUUAAGUAACUUGCGCAAGGUCACACAGCUAGUAAGUAGCAGGCAUCCAGAGUCUCUGCUCUUAACUAUGACCGUACUACCUUCAUGUAUAUUUCAUAAAUAAAGGUAAUGGUUUCUUUUAACAAUCAUGCAUUGCUUCAUCGAUGAACACUUUCUCUUUUUUAUAUUUUUAAUUUUUAUCAAAGUAAUUUGUGCAUAUGGCGUUUAAAAAUUGGUCCCCACAAUAUUUCAGCUGGACUGUGGAAGGAAAAGACUUACUGCAAAGUCCCUAAGCAGCCAUCUCCUGUUUCUAUUGUGUUGGCCAUCUUUCUUUCCGAGAGCGAGAGCCGGGUCCACACCUAGCCUGGAAACCCUGAGUCUCGUAAUAAAAGCAUGCUAAUGAGACUUCAAAAUUACUAUGAAGAAGAUGAGGAAAAUGCUCUUUCCUUUUGUUAACAGAUAAUUCUAGAUCUAGGUUGGGCCUUACUGUUUUGAAACUUGUUCUUAUAUAUGAAGCUCCUUUUCAAGUUUCAGUCAAGAUUUGCGGUGGCCAGUCUCCAAGAUGGCCCACAAUGAUCCCCGCCUCCUUCACACCCUUGUGCAGUCCCCUCCCACAGUCUGCCAGAGUCGCUGCUACAGCUCUGUGACACG